AUGGGCUCAGGCUCAGGCUCCGGCUCUCCCUCCGGCUCUCCCUCCGGCUCCCCCUCCGGCUCACCCCCGGGCUCGGCUCCGGCUCCGGCCCAGCCCGUCCAACCACCCACCAAGCCGUGCCACAACUGCCGCCGCCAGCGGCUCCGAUGUGAUCGCUCGUACCCACACUGCAACAAGUGUGCCGCUGCCGGCAAGGAGUGUCUCGGCUACGGCAAGCUUUUCCGCUGGACGGGCGCCAUCGCCAGUCGUGGGAAGCUCGCCGGCAGGACCUCGAGCGCGCCGGUGGAGGCAGGGGCACUGCAAGAGGCCGACUCCCGGGCCGGAUCCGGAUCCGAGGGCAACGGGGUGCAAGACGCAGGAACCUCGCCCAACCUGACUUUCAGGAGGGCAUCGUCGGCAGUCUCAGGGACGCCAGGAUCGCCAGGAUCGCCGACAUGGCCACUAUCUCCCCGGCGGCCUGCCACUGCCACUGCCUUGGCCUUGAACCGUACCUUUGCAUCGACGUCGCCAACGGGAAUCUUCUCCCAUCCCGCGUCUCAUAUUGCCGGUCCGAGCAUUGCUCGAACGCCGGUCGAUCCCUUGUUUCAAGAUCUCAGCCCUUCCCAUCGCUUCUACCUCGACUACUUCACAACUCGCGUAUGCAAAGACCUCGUGUCCAACGAUAUGCUAGGAUUCAAUCCCUUCCGUAGCCUGAUACCGCUUACUGGCGCUCACCCGCUGCUGCAGCACAUCAUCGUCGCAGCUUCGGCGGCUCACAUGUCAAACCUCAUCAGCAUGGGCCUGCCCUUUCCAGAUGAUGGCGGAUUCAUCCCCGCGAACCGCCCUGCGGCUUCGGCCAAGGCACUCAAUGAUGCCUUGGUUGCCAAGCAUACAGCGCUGAAGCUCAUGUCUGCCGCUAUUCAGAAUCUUCAUGCAGUCGAUGGUGAUGUCGUGCUAGCAGCGUCGCUCUUCUUCAUCAACGUGGAGCUGAUCGAGUCUGGGAAGCACGGCUGGAGGGCGCAUCUCGAAGGGGCAGCCAAGAUCAUGUCCUCCUUGCAGCUUACCCAGGCCUGGGAUAGCUCAUUACGGGACUACCUGCUCUCAGAUUGCUUCAUUUACUUUAUCCUCGCUUCUGCCUUCAUGCCCGCCCGGUAUGCGACGUCGCUCCAAUUUGAGUCUUCCCAAAUACCCUUUGUGCUCGGAAAGACCGUGGCGAAUAGUUAUUUGUGUUGCCCACCGGAGUUGAUGGAAAUAUUACACGCUGCUUCCCAACUGUCGAGUGAAUUGGUCCAUGAUCAGACGAGCGAAGAAAUCACCGCGGCUGCAAUCACACUCGUCAAUCGUGCCCAAGCGUACGAUAUCUAUUCAUGGGCGCGCGACACUUCAGGAGUACUCGAACUGCCAAAAGAUGUCAUGAAAAGCCGGAUGCACGCGGGAGCCAGCCACCGUUUGGCUGCGUGCAUAUAUAUAUUGCAGGCAAUCCCGUCUGCUGGAGAGAGGCUUGGUCCAGCAUUUGCCGCCUUCUUGGCGGACGACUUGAUGGCACAUCUGAAUAUGAUGCCCGUGGAUGACCCCAACUUCAAGGCAACCACAUGGCCAACAUUCAUUAUAGGCGCCGAGACGAGGGAGCCGGAACGACAAAAGUUUGUCAUGGAGAGACUACGGAUCAUGACCACCGUUUGUCCUUGGGGCUUCAUCCAUACCGCCAUGGAAACGCUCCAGGUAAUCUGGAACCUACCGGAUGAGGAAAGGGGGUCCAAGACCUGGGUACAGAUGCUCAAGGAUCCGGAGAUGAAUUUCUUGAUCGUCUAA